AUGUCCGUGGGCUCCGUAUCCUGUGACUGCGACCACUUCGAUCUUCUGGAUCCAUGGGAGAUGUGGAGGUUAGACUCUUUAGGAAUUGCGGACCCCGAUACGGACCCAAAGGCCGACAUUGCCCUGGCCCUUUUUUCCGCCCUUCUUGACAAGUCUGGUGGACGCUGCGUUGUUCCUUUGAUGGUGAACGGCGAAGCACUGCCCCCAGAGGCCAACAAUCGCGAGACUGCGAAGCAGCGGCUCCUUUCUCAACUUCGGCGUUUUCGUUCUGCCCCGCAUCUAUUACGAGAAUACGAUACCGUCAUCCGAGAGUACUUUUCCGAACAUCAUGCAGAGAGGGUGGAGCAAGGGAGCGACCAGGAGAAGAAUUUCUAUUAUAUGCCUCGCCAUGCGGUCAUCCGUCAAGACGCCGUCACCACCAAGCUGCGUGUCGUUUUUGAUGCGUCGUCGCACUGUGCCGGUCAACCAUCCCUCAAUAGCAUCUUAAUGAAAGGACCCAAGAUUAACGCCGAUUUGCAUCACCUUCUUCUCACUUUUCGAUGCAGCCCCGUCGUGUUAACCGCUGACAUUCGCAAGGCGUACUUACAGAUCCUGAUCCGCCCGCAGGAUAGGGAUCUGUAG